UAAAGGCUUUUUUUUUUUUUUUUUUAACUUUAUCUGUUGAAUCUCCAGUGCCUUCAGUGUAAAAAUAAUCUUUCUGCCCAAGUGGCCUAUUUUGGGGUGGCAUAUUCUAAUCCCCGUCCACCGGCAGACAGCAUUCUGCCCCCAUCCCCCCAGCCCCGUUUAUUUGCCUCAGGGUCUUACCCCAAGUACAGGAAUCCAUACCUUCCGUGGGCACCUGUUCUGUGCAGACGCCCUUGACCUUGAGUCCCAGGACAGGAUUAGAAUGUGACUGUGACGAGGGAGACAAGCCAGAGAGCCACAAAGAACAGACAGUGAGAGAGCAGACAGCUCCAUCCAUGCUGCUUUAGGAUUUGGGGAAUUUUCCAGGGAUUGUCAAAGCUCCAUAAAGCCAAGUUCCUUUUUGACUUCCGAGGAGCUGGGCGUGGGGUCUUGGAAGCCUGCAGAAAACCUCUUAGCUGUUCCCCUGCAAAUGUACUUGACUUCUCAAGCUGCAUUCCAGAGGACUUCACCCUGAGGACUUUUUUUUUCUUUUACAAAAAACCUGUUCUGGAGGCUGCGUGGGAGCCUGGCUGGAAGAAGGAACCGGCUCUGCCAGCCCCGGCGCCUGUGCUGGAGCCCGGCGAGCAAGGUCAGCCGGUGGCCGGCCACGUCCAUGGCCACGUCCCUGAUCAGGAAGGGGUUGCAGGCCCCCGGCUGGAGCAGGAGGGUGAGGAAGACUAUGCGAGAUGGAGGGCAGCUGCCGAGGCGUGCUGGCUGCGCUGGUCGUUCUGGCUGGGCUGGCAGCUUGUGGAUCCGGCAAUGAAAUCUUAGAGGGUCCCAGGAACGUCACGGUGGUGAAGGGCUCGGAGGCUCGCUUCAACUGCACCAUCUCCCAGGGCUGGAAGCUCAUCAUGUGGGCUCUGAAAGGCACGGUGGUUCUGAGCGUCACGCCCACCGAGCCCAUCAUCACCAACGACCGAUUCACGUCUGCAAGUUAUGAAGAGGGCGGUAACUUCAUCUCUGAGAUGAUCAUCCAUGACGUGCAGCUCAGUGAUGCCGGGCAGGUCAAAUGCAGCCUCCAGAACAGUGACCGGGAUGGAUCCGCUUUCCUUUCCGUCCAAGUCAUGGGGGCGCUGCUCAUUCCCGGAGGCAGCCUCGUAGUCCUUGCGGAAGAGCCUUGUAAUGUGACCUGCCGCGCUUGGGGCUGGACCCCACUCCCGGAUAUUUCCUGGGAGAUCGGGGCUCCCGUGAGCCAUUCGAGCUAUGACUCUGCUCCGGAGCCCGAUGACCUUCAAAGUGCAGUGAGUGUCCUGGCUCUCACGCCACUGGGCAGUGGCUCUGUGACUUGUGUCGCGGACAUGAAGGGGCUGCCCCUGCAAGAGUCCGUAACUGUAAAUCUUACGGUGGUUCAGCCUCCCUUGGGCAGUGUUGAUAAACCAGGUACGUCCUUGCCUACCUGGGCCAUAGCUCUACUUGCAGUCUCACUGUCAUUGCUUUCCAUCCUGAUAAUUGUUCUGAUUAUAAUAUUCUGCUGCUGUUGUGCCUCCAGGAGAGAGAAAGAAGAGUCUAGUUAUCAAAGUCAAAUAAGGAAAUCUGCAAGUGUGAAGACCAACACAGAAACUUUUCAGACAAAAAGUGGAAAAGAAAACUAUGGCUACAGCUCAGACGAGCCAAGGACCACAACUUCUCUGCCUCCGAAGGGCUCCGAAUCCAGUGUUCCCGAGCAGCGCGGCAGCAGGCCACCUCACCAGGGACUGGAUCACCGCCAGCCGGGCCCAGCAAGUCGUCCACAGGUGUCCUUUAACGUGGCCAGUCCUAAGAAGGUCAGGAAUGCGACUUUGGUAUAGUACAGGCGUCGCUUUGGCUGCACGUGGCUCUUGGCUGAUGACCCAUGUUCCAUCAUCGCUGUCUGCCAUCCUAAGGCUGGGCUCCAGCUGUGCCACCAUGACCCAGAAGAAGCGACAUUGGCGUUGUCUCAACAGAUACCUCAGAGGGAGAAAGGGCAUCCACUUUCCCAGCUUUUAAAGUGGAUUUUGACCUUUAGAACUUUUCAAGAUUUCAGCGCAUUUCGUAUUUACUGGGUACAAGCUGCAAAUUCAUUGCAAUCGUGUUUCCCAUCACGCAACACUCCUGCUUGCAACCCGACAACUGGUAGAUGAGUCUAUGUCCCACAGGACAUGUAGGAAGAUUUUAUUAUCUUAGGAGUUCCUGUUGUGGUGCAGCAGAAGCAAAUCCAACUAGGAACCAUGAGGUUGAGGGUUUGAUCCCUGGCCUCGCUCAGUGGGUUAAGGAUCCGGCAUUGCCGUGAACUGUGGUGUAGGUCGCAGAUGAGGCUCAGAUCUGGUGUUACUGUGGCUGUGGUGUAGGCUGGCAGCUGCAGCUCUGAUUCAAUCCCUAGCCUGGGACUCUCCAAAUGCCGUGGGUGUGGCCCUAAAAAGACAAAGAAGAAGAAGAAGAAGUUUUUAUUAUCUUAAAUCCCAUGAAGAUGAUAUUUAUGUAUGUUUUAUAUAUGUGGGUAAUAUUGCAUAUUAUUUGUGAAAAAAAAGGGGGAUUAAAACUUAGGAUCAAUCAGACAUUUAAAAUUGCCCAGAAAAUCAGAACUCAUAGGUUAUAAAUGGUAUUAAAUGCUAAGGCUGAUGUGCACUAAAGCAAAAUAUCUUCUGAUUUGGGGGUAUUUCCGUGAAGACCUUGUUGUCAUCUGCUGCCUUGUCAGUUUUGCUCUCAUGUCGUCAGAUGCAUUAAAUGUGACCUAUAUUUCGUAGGCGUCCUACCCCCAGCCAUGAAAAAACUGGAGAUGGGCAAUAUAGUCUUUCAUAAAUAAAAGCAAAAACACCAAAAAA